AGAUCAUCGAUGCAUUUAUUGAAUACCUAGUUGAGCGUCGGCGGUUUUCUUGGAUUUUUACAUUUUGGAGCUGAUUUUCAGGCAUGGACGACCAAAAGAAUGAUAAUCUUAAUGGAGUAGAAUUAACAGAAGCAGAAAAUGAAUUAUAUGAUAGACAAAUACGUCUUUGGGGCUUAGAGUCGCAAAAAAGAUUACGCACAGCAAAAAUACUAGUAUCGGGACUAUGUGGUAUCGGCGCGGAAGUUACAAAAAAUAUAAUUCUUUCAGGUGUUCACUCGGUAAUAUUGCAAGAUGAAAAAAGUGUUACAGAAGAGGAUUUCUGUGCGCAGUUCUUAGUGCCGCGCACAGCAAUAGGGCAAAACAGAGCAGAAGCGUCAAUCGAGCGAGCGCGUGCUCUUAAUCCAAUGGUGGAGAUAUCCGCUGACACGGGAUCACUGGCCUCGAAAAAUAUUGAAUACUUUGCAGAGUUCGACGUCGUAGUUGCGAUUGGCGCUACCAAUAAAGAAUUAUUAAGAGUUGAUAAUAUUUGUCGAGAGAAAGCAAUUAAGUUCUUUUGUGGAGAUGUAUGGGGAAUGUUUGGAUAUUGCUUUGGUGAUCUUCAGGAACACACAUUUGUUGAGGAUGUGGUAAAGCACAAAGUCGUUUCCAAGCCCAAUGAAAAAGUCAAAACUGAGUUAAUCACUGCAGCUGUACAACGUACUCUGAAUUUUCCACCUUUGAGUUCAGUUCUUGAAUUCGAUAUCAAUGCUCCAAUAUUUCAAAAGAAACUAAAGCGUACAGGACCUGCUCUGGUUUUGAUGCGUGUUCUUCAAGAAUUCCGAGAAACUUGUAAUAGAGAUCCUAGCUAUAAAACACGUGAUGCUGACAUCGGCGAAUUAAAGCGUAUAAGAAAUGAAAUAACACGGGUAUCCACUUUGAGUGACGAAUAUUUUGAGAAUGUAUUUGCACAAGCUUCCCCAUCUGCAGCAGUCGUUGGAGGUGUUAUGUCUCAGGAAAUAAUUAAAGUGGUUUCGAAAAAAGAAGCGCCCCAUUGUAAUGUAUUUCUCUUUGACCCCGAUACCUGUUGCGGAUUUGUAGAAACCAUUGGAUUGAAUUGAUAUAAUCGCGAAAACUAAAUAAAAACAAAACAUCUUUAUUGUAAACGAUGUUAUUUUUA